GCCUCGGCAAUCGGACUGUUGCCCCGAGCGCCGCCAUCUAACAGUCGCAGAGCCGCUCACCGACUCAACACGCAACACUGCUAGCGGCCGGCAAAUUUCUUCCAGGCGCACGUAGCCAUGUAUACCGCCGCAAGGUUCGCCGUUUCGAGGCAUGUGGGACUCGGGGUUGCGCGUGGUAGUUUUGCGCUUGCGCCUGCACGGGGCGAGUUCGGCCGUGGAGGUGCGAGAUGUAUAAAAGAGAUAUCCCCAAAACGUGUGGGCCAGAUACGGUAUCAGAGUAGUGCUGCAUCAGAAACUCAAACCAACACCCAAAUCCCUACACCACCCACCACUUCCAAACGACCUCUUUACAUCAGGCUUCCAAUCGCCCUCGCCCUCACACUCUUCACCUUCGCAGCAGGCUUCACCAUGGCCGGCGCUACCGCGAUAGAAUCGAUCCGCGCAAUCGCCAAUCCUCCCAGCGACGAAGAAACACUCACCCUCUUCACACCCUCCACCGCUGAAGUCGCCGCAAUCGAGAAGAGCAUAUUCACGCACCCUUUCACAAAGCGCCUGCUCGACGACGAAACAUACAUUGCUUCGCGCCCACACCUCAAGAUCCCCGAGCAACUGCGCGCGCAGAACUUGACGGGCGGAACGCUCCUGGGCGCCGACAAGAUUGCAGUCCCACCUCUGCAGUUCAGCACCGCAGAUGGCAGCAAAUUUGUGUCUAUCCAGUACCUUGGCUCCGCGCUCUGCGGACACCCGGGGAUCGUUCACGGUGGGCUGCUUGGCACAUUGCUCGAUGAGGGGCUGGCACGGUGCUGUUUCCCUGCGCUGCCGAAUAAGGUCGGUGUCACAGCGAGCUUGAACAUCACGUAUAAGGCGCCGUGCAUGGCCAAUCAGAUUGUAGUGCUUGUGGCGGAGACGACGAACGUUGAGGGGCGCAAGGCUUGGGUUAAGGGGCGGUUGGAGACACUGCCGAAGACGGAGGAGGAGAAGCCGGUUGUGCUAACAGAGGCCGAGGCGCUGUUUAUUGAGCCGAGGCAGGCGGCGCAGAUGAGGAGGGUUGUCGUCUAGAGAGGAGAGGCGGAGCGGAUGGAGGCAUUGGGUGGAGUUUGGGAGUGAUCGCUGAAGAUUACAGCUGGCUGGCCUACAAAGGCACAGCUCUUAGCCCGCUGCAAUAGAUCUAGAUGCACUA